AUGUUUCACACGUCCAAUUCCAAUUUUUUUGACAUCAUUCCACCAGGGCUUAGUCCCCUAAGGGUUAAGUGUCUUUGUUCAACUUAUGUCUUUUGUUGUGUCUUUUUAGGAAUCGAUUUUAAGAUCAAAACAGUUGAAUUGCAAGGAAAGAAAAUAAAGCUACAGAUAUGGGACACAGCGGGGCAGGAACGGUUUCACACCAUCACUACCUCUUACUACAGAGGGGCCAUGGGAAUCAUGCUCGUAUAUGACAUCACCAACGCCAAGAGCUUCGAAAACAUCAGCAAAUGGCUCAGAAAUAUUGAUGAGCACGCUAACGAGGAUGUAGAGAGGAUGCUGCUAGGCAACAAGUGUGACAUGGAGGACAAACGUGUCGUACCAAAAGCCAAGGGGGAACAGAUCGCAAGAGAACAUGGGAUUCGCUUUUUCGAGACGAGUGCAAAAGCCAACAUCAGCAUCGAGAAGGCGUUCCUCACGUUAGCAGAAGACAUUCUCAAAAAGACGCCCGUAAAAGAGCCCAACAGUGAAAACGUGGACAUCAGCACUGGUGGUGGAGUCACGGGAUGGAAGACCAAGUGCUGCAGUUGAACAGACACACACAGUUACUCACACACACUUUACACAGACACACACACACACGACCUGUUCUUCUAUACCCCCCCCCAUCUCUCUCUCUCUCUCUCAUUCACACAUCCUUCAUUUCUGUCUAACACUCUUCCGUUCUGUCCUCCUCACGGGAUUCUCCGUAAAACACAUCUCUAACAUCUCUCAGACUUACGACUGCUUGCUGACAUCAUUUUUAUUUCUGAAAAAAAAAAACAAAUGUAAAGAGAAAGUCAUUUUGUGUUGUUUCUUACUUAUUUUAAAGUUUAAAGAACGAAAGAAAUGAAUUUAAACAAAAAGCGCAUUCACCACUACAUAGAGACCGUCAGUGGACCUGGAGACGCUGUCCGUCGGCACAGAGGAGCGGCGUCGCGUUUUAGACGAGACUUUGUCCAGUGUUUUGGGGUUAGUGUUGUGUGUGUUAGUGUGAGAGAUCUUCUCUAGCUGGGUUUUUUGUUCUUUGAUUUAUUUCGUCCGGUGCCUUAAUGUAGAGCCUUAGAGCUCACCCCCCCCCCCCCCCAAACACACAUUUAAACAUCACUUUUCUGUAAACAGUUAUGCACACACACACACACACUGGUCCUCUCCUCUCUGUUUGACCCGCUAACCCAACCCAACACGCCCGAGUGGAACCAUCCGGAUUCAACCUGUUUGCUCAGAAGAGAAUGGCAUUAUAUAUAUUUUUUGUUUCGUGUCAGAAUUACUUGUUUUUUGAAUCUCCUCCUGUAUGUUUUUUUUUUUUUUCAAUCAGUUACUCAUUCUCUCCUGCAUGCUGGUUUCUUUGGGUUUUUAGGGUCCUUUGUAAGUUUUGCCAUGUUUGUAAUUGACGGGAAGUAUCUCUUCUGGUCCAGACACGUGUCAGGGAGGGGAGCGUUCUCUUUGGAAUUUCAAACGAUUUUGCAGAUCCAUUAAAAAAUAAGCUUGUUUAAGUUA